UCUGUCCUAAACCAGCAGAGUGAAGGUGAACCCGGCCCGUCUCUCUCUGCCCGUCGCUGGAAGUACCCUCUCCCCGUUUCCUCCUCCUGCACCGGGAUCAUCUGCCUUGACCUGAGCCAUGUCCAUAUUCAGCGAUGUCCCCCAGGCCCCUCCGGUAGCCGUCUUCAAACUGACUGCUGAUUUCAGAGAGGACAGUCACCCGCAGAAGGUUAAUCUGGGAGUUGGAGCUUACCGUACUGAUGACUGCCAGCCCUGGGUGCUGCCGGUGGUGAAGAAGGUGGAGCGGCUGAUCGUGGAGGACGACAGCCUGAACCACGAGUACCUGCCCAUCCUCGGUCUGCCCGAGUUCCGCUCCGCCUCCUCCAAGGUCGCCCUGGGAGACGACAGCACCGCCAUCCAGGAGAACAGGGUGGGAGGGGUCCAGGCUCUGGGUGGAACAGGUGCAUUGAGGAUCGGGGCAGAGUUCCUGCGGCGUUGGUACAACGGCGUCAACAACACGGCGACGCCUGUCUACGUCUCAGCGCCCACCUGGGAGAACCACAAUAGCGUGUUUGCUGAUGCUGGUUUUAAAGACAUCCGGCCCUACCACUACUGGGAUGCUGCUAAAAGGGGUCUGGACCUCACUGGGCUCCUGGAUGACCUGGAGAAAGCUCCAGAACACUCCAUCUUUGUCCUUCACGCCUGCGCACACAACCCCACCGGCACCGACCCGACCCAGGAGGAGUGGAAGAAGAUCGCAGAGGUCAUGAAGAGGAGGAAGUUGUUUGUGUUCUUUGACUCGGCUUACCAGGGUUUCGCCUCUGGCAGUCUGGAUAAAGAUGCCUGGGCCAUCCGCUUCUUUGUCUCAGAGGGCUUUGAGCUAUUUGUGGCUCAGUCCUUCUCCAAAAACUUCGGCCUGUACAAUGAGAGAGUUGGCAACCUGACCGUGGUUGCCCAGGACAACGAGAACCUGACCCGCAUCCUGUCCCAGAUGGAGAAGAUUGUCCGGACGACUUGGUCCAACCCGCCGUCUCAGGGAGCACGCAUUGUCAGCAAGACCCUCAACAGCCCCGAGCUCUUCGCUGAAUGGAAGGCUAAUGUGAAGACCAUGGCAGACCGUGUCUUGUUGAUGAGGGAUCAGCUGAAGACCAAGCUGCAGGGUCUGGGAACCCCGGGGACCUGGGACCACAUCACCCAGCAAAUCGGCAUGUUCAGUUUCACCGGCCUGAAUCCCAAACAGGUGGAGUACAUGAUCAAAGAGAAGCACGUGUACCUGAUGGCCAGCGGUCGCAUCAACAUGUGCGGUCUGACCACCAAGAACAUCGACUAUGUCGCUCAGUCCAUCCAUGACGCCGUCACCAUGGUCCAGUAGAGGUUGCUUCUGUCCGCCCACUUCCUGUCUCGCGCACGCCACAGGAAGUAUCGUCGUGUGUGCCCUUGUACCCCUCCCCUGCUUCUCCUAACCUCUGAUUGGUUAAACUGCAGCAGGGAUUUUGCAGUUGAACCAAUGGUAGGGUGUAUGAUUUUCUGUUCUCACGUGGAGGUACUGUAUAAACCUUUGCGAGGUGCAAUGAUUUAAGGAAGACACUUGAACGCACAUAGCCAGGUCUCACUGUCAGCAGAGCUUCACAUCCCAAAGCGUUGAAGUUAAAAUGUCCGUUAUACCUUCAUGUGCACAUUGCCUGUUUUUGUGUUGUUCAAAUCAUUUCUGGUCACAAAAGUCCACUUGAAUUUUUUUUUCCUGUAAGAUUUUAAAUUAAAUCAGUGGUUCCUCAAUCAUUUCUAACACUUGAAAGGAUCAGAUGUGAUGUAUCCAUAGUAUCGAACAAAAUGCUGUUAAUGUAAAUAGACGUACUCACUCAUAGAGGUCUUGCUAGUUCCUGCAUAAGCACUGAAUCUUUAUUCAGCAUUACAAUAAUUAAUUGAUAUUGUAAUCUGUAUCACUGUAUAUGGUGCAACAAAAAGGCACAGUCAACUCAUCAGGACAUUUAUGUUCAAGCCUAAAGAAGGUUAUUAUGAGAAUGGUUAUUGUCUGUCAUGUCACCAGGUUUGCUCUUUAAGGUGUAAUGCAUGCGCCUGACGUAGUUUUUGCCUUGUCCGACCUGUGCAGCUACGUAGAAGAUCAUACUGCUAGUUGAAGUCCACAAAGCGAUGUUGUGCCAUCACUGAACAAAAUCACCUCUCUUCUCUGUCUCUUAUGUUCUGUCCACCCUGCAGUGCCCUUAUUCUGUUACAGAAAGCCUCUGUAAAGGCGAUUGUUGUAAUGAGCCACUCUGAUCAGACCUCAGAGCCUGGCACUUGUUAGCCACAGAACCGCACGCCCAUUAUAUGGUGUUUGUACUGGCACACAGCAGUAUGUGUGUUCCUAUUGAAAUAAACUAUGAACCACAGGAACUAAAUCUUUGCUUUCUGCCUGUUUUUUUCUCUCUCUCCAAAGCUCUUCCUGCGUUCUAAAAUAUGUACAGUAUAAAGGUAAUAGUCAGUAAAACCUCUCAAAAAACAAGAUGGUUUGGAUUUAGAUGGUCCUUUUGUUGUUAUAAUUUUGGUGAGCUUGUUUUAGUCCAUCUCUCAAUACUUUAUGAUUUCCUACUCACUGUGUGGUUGUCAGCCACUGACCAGUAGGCUCCCACUGAAGAUAUAAAUCUUUUAAAAAUGUCCCUCAUAGAUCUCCUUUUACCUUUUAAAUAGGCUCCGUCAUUUCGUAAAAUAGCUGGGCAUGGUGGUUUUUAGCAGACUGGAGGAAAUAGUGUAUUUGUUGGGGGCUAUUUUCAGUGGUGGAUGAAUCCACAUUUGGUGCUCUAUCUGGGGAAGCAGGAUGGCGUUAGAAUGUCGGAUAAACUACAGUCUGAGUUCAUAAUGAAGGAACAUGUUGCCAGGCAGAGGGUUGUGGCUCACUGAUGUGUUUUUGAACAACAAUGGAGCUCUGAGGCAGAGAGGAGUACAUUAUUUCAGGCUUUGGCUAACUGGCAGAAG